GCAAAGCGGACGCGCCAGCGAGUCGUAGUCCCCAGAGUCGAGCUUCAGCACUAGCGCCAGCUGCGAGUGGAGGGUACCAGCUCCGCGGAACUGGCUUUUCAAUGGGACACCUGUGGCUCCUGGGGAUUUGGGGCCUCUGGGGACUGCUCUUGUGUGCCGCGGAUCCCAGCACAGAUGGCUCUCAAAUAAUCCCCAAAGUCACAGAAAUAAUACCUAAAUAUGGCAGCAUAAAUGGAGCAACAAGGCUGACUAUAAGAGGAGAAGGUUUUUCUCAAGCAAACCAGUUUAACUAUGGAGUUGAUAAUGCUGAGUUGGGAAACAGUGUGCAAUUAGUUUCUUCUUUCCAGUCAAUUACUUGUGAUGUAGAAAAAGAUGCAAGUCAUUCAACUCAAAUUACAUGCUAUACUAGAGCAAUGCCAGAAGAUUCCUACGCUGUUAGAGUCAGUGUGGACGGGGUUCCUGUUACAGAAAAUAACACCUGCAAAGGUCACAUCAACAGCUGGGCAUGUACCUUCAACGCAAAAAGUUUUAGGACCCCAACAAUAAGAAGCAUCACACCUUUAUCUGGAACGCCAGGUACACUAAUAACAAUCCAAGGCAGAAUCUUCACUGACGUCUAUGGAAGUAAUAUUGCACUAAGCUCAAAUGGGAAAAAUGUUAGGAUUUUGAGAGUUUACAUUGGAGGAAUGCCCUGUGAACUUCUCAUACCACAAUCUGAUAAUUUGUAUGGUCUAAAACUGGAUCAUCCAAAUGGAGAUAUGGGUUCCAUGGUUUGUAAGACGACUGGAACUUUUAUUGGUCAUCACAAUGUCAGUUUCAUCUUAGAUAACGAUUAUGGAAGGAGUUUUCCACAGAAAAUGGCAUAUUUUGUUUCUUCUCUCGAUAAAAUUUCAAUGUUUCAAACAUAUGCAGAGGUCACUAUGAUUUUCCCUUCACAAGGAAGCAUUCGAGGUGGCACCACGCUGACAAUAAGUGGGCAGUUCUUUGAUCAGACAGAUUUCCCCAUCAGAGUUCUAGUUGGAGGUGAACCUUGUGAUACUUUGAAUGUCACGGAAAAGAGUAUAUGUUGCAAGACACCCCCCAAACCUCAUAUUCUCAAAGCUGUAUAUCCAGGAGGGAGAGGCCUGAAGCUUGAGGUAUGGAAUAAUAGUCGUCCAAUACAUCUGGAAGAGAUACUGGAAUACGAUGAAAAAACCCCCGGGUACAUGGGUGCCAGUUGGGUAGAUUCAGCUUCCUAUAUUUGGCCCAUGGAACAAGACACAUUUGUUGCACGCUUUAGUGGAUUUUUGGUGGCUCCAGAUUCUGAUGUUUAUAGAUUCUACAUCAAAGGUGAUGACCGUUAUGCUAUUUAUUUUAGCCAGACUGGACUUCCAGAAGAUAAGGUAGGGUAUCCAACACAAAAGUAUCAGAGGAAUAUUGCAUCUGCAGAAGAGGAAAGAGUAAGAUAUUAUAUUGAAAUCUUGCUGCAGGAGUACACAUUAAGUGCAUUUGUUGAUGUCGGACUGUACCAGUAUCAAAAUGUUUAUACUGAACAACAAACAGGAGAUGCAGUGAAUGAAGAACAAGUUAUCAAAUCCCAGUCGACAAUCAUCCAGGAAGUACAGGUUAUAACAUUAGAAAACUGGGAAACAACUAACGCAAUUAAUGAAGUUCAGAAGAUCAAGGUAACCAGCCCCUGUGUGGAAGCUAAUUCAUGUUCACCUUACCAAUACAGAUUAAUCUAUAAUAUGGAAAAAACUGUCUUCCUACCUGCUGAUGCUUCUGAAUUCAUACUGCAAUCAGCCUUGAAUGACCUCUGGUCUAUAAAACCAGACACAGUUCAAGUAACAAGAACACAGAAUCCCCAGAGCAAUAUCUACACGGUAACAUUCAUAUCAACUAGAGGAGAUUUUGAUCUGCUUGGUUAUGAAGUAGUUGAAGGGAAUAACGUCACACUGGAUAUUACAGAACAAACCAAAGGAAAACCCAACUUGGAGACAUUCACACUGAAUUGGGAUGGGAUCGCUUCUAAGCCACUCACUCCAUGGUCAUCAGAGGCUGAAUUUCAGGGAGCAGUGGAAGAAAUGGUUAGCAGUAAGUGUCCACCACAAAUUGCAAAUUUUGAAGAAGGAUUUGUUGUGAAAUACUUCAGAGACUAUGAAACUGAUUUUAAUCUGGAACAUAUUAACAGAGGGCAGAAGACAGCUGAAACUGAUGCUUACUGUGGUCGUUAUUCCCUGAAAAACCCAGCUGUCCUUUUUGACUCAGCAGAUGUUAAACCAAAUAGACGACCAUAUGGGGACAUUUUAUUGUUUCCUUAUAAUCAGUUAUGUUUAGCAUACAAAGGAUUCCUGGCAAAUUAUAUUGGUCUAAAAUUCCAGUACCAAGACAAUAGCAAGAUUACUAGAAACACCGAUAUACAAUUUACAUACGACUUUGCUCAUGGAAACAACUGGACUUACACUUGCAUAGACAUUCUGGAUCUCAUAAGAACAAAGUACACUGGGACAAAUGUUUCUCUUCAAAGGAUUAGUUUACAGAAAGCAUCAGAAUCACAAUCCUUCUAUGUGGAUGUAGUGUACAUUGGACAAACAGCUACAAUCUCAACAUUGGAUGAAAUGCCCAAGAGAAGACUUCCUGCAUUAGAAAAUAAAGAAAUAUUCUUAGAGCACUUUCAGGUGAAUCGGACCAAAACAAAUGGGCCAACUAUGACAAUCCAAUAUUCUGUCACCAUGACUUCAUACAACUGCAGUUACAAUAUACCCAUGAUGGCUGUGAGCUUUGGGCAGAUAAUCACACAUGAGACAGAGAACGAGUUUGUCUACAGAGGAAAUAAUUGGCCAGGCGAGUCAAAAAUUCAUAUUCAAAGAAUUCAAGCUGCAUCUCCACCUCUAAGUGGCAGCUUUGACAUUCAAGCUUAUGGACAUAUUCUCAAAGGCCUUCCCGCUGCUGUGUCAGCUGCAGAUCUGCAGUUUGUGCUCCAGAGUCUGGAGGGAUUGGGAAGAGUCUCAGUUACACGAGAGGGAACCUGUGCUGGCUACGCAUGGAACAUCAAGUGGAGAAGCACCUGUGGAAAGCAGAAUCUUCUACAGAUUAAUGAUUCCAACAUUAUUGGAGAAAAGGCUAAUAUGACAGUCACAAGGAUAAAGGAAGGUGGCUUAUUCAGACGACACAUACUUGGAGACCUACUUCGUACACCCAGUCAACAGCCACAGGUUGAAGUCUAUGUCAAUGGAAUUCCAGCUAAAUGUUCAGGUGACUGUGGGUUUACAUGGGAUUCCGACAUUACUCCCCUAGUCUUGGCGACAAGCCCUUCUCAAGGGUCCUAUGAAGAAGGCACAAUUCUAACCAUAGUGGGUUCUGGAUUUUCUCCUAGUUCAGCUGUAUCAGUCUCAGUUGGACCAGUAGGUUGUUCUCUUCUUUCUGUGGAUGAAAAAGAGAUCAAGUGCCAGAUUCUGAAUGGAAGUGCUGGACAUGCCCCAGUUGCUGUGUCCAUAGCUGAUGUUGGACUAGCACAGAAUGUAGGGGGUGAACAGUUCUACUUUGUUUAUCAGAGUCAGAUCUCACAUAUCUGGCCUGAUUCUGGAAGCAUAGCAGGUGGUACGCUACUGACUUUAUCUGGAUUUGGCUUUAAUGAAAAUUCAAAGGUAUUAGUUGGAAAUGAAACCUGCAAUGUGAUUGAAGGGGAUUUGAAUAGGAUAACCUGCAGGACACCAAAAAAAACUGAGGGUAUAGUUGAUAUUUCAGUUACUACCAAUGGAUUUCAAGUCACAGCAGGGGAUGCUUUUAGUUACAAUUGUUUACAGACGCCAAUUAUAACUGAUUUUAGUCCAAAAGUACGAACAAUACUAGGAGAAGUUAAUUUAACAAUUAAGGGCUAUAAUUUUGGAAAUGAACUCACACAAAACAUGGCGGUGUAUGUUGGAGGAAAAACCUGCCAGAUUCUUCACUGGAACUUCACAGAUAUUAGAUGCCUUUUGCCCAAGUUGUCUCCUGGAAAACAAGAUAUCCACGUAGAAGUCAGAAACUGGGGUUUUGCAUCAAUAAGAGACAAAUUAAAUUCUUCAAUACAGUAUGUUUUGGAAGUGACCAGCAUGUUUCCACAAAGAGGCUCCUUGUUUGGUGGAACUGAAAUCACCAUAAGGGGUUUUGGAUUCAGCACAAUACCAGCUGACAAUACCGUGCUGUUAGGGUCCAUCCCUUGCAAUGUUACAUCAUCAUCAGAAAAUGUCAUAAAAUGUAUUCUUCAUUCAACUGGGAAUAUAUUCAGGAUUACUAACAAUGGGAAAGAUUCAGUACAUGGAUUAGGUUAUGCCUGGUCACCAUCAGUCCUAAAUGUGUCUGUAGGGGACACAGUGGCAUGGCAUUGGCAAACACAUCCAUUUCUUAGAGGGAUAGGAUAUAGGGUUUUUUCUGUCUCCAGUCCUGAAAGUGUAAUUUAUGAUGGCAAAGGAUUCACAAAUGGAAGACAAAAAUCUACAUCAGGUUCAUUUUCUUACCAAUUUACUUCACCUGGAAUCCAUUAUUAUAGCAGCGGGUACGUUGAUGAGGCUCACUCCAUUUUUCUCCAAGGAGUCAUUAAUGUUUUACCAGCUGAAACCAGGCACAUUCCCCUGCACCUGUUUGUGGGUAGCUCUGAAGCCACAUAUGCUCAUGGAGGACCUGAGAACUGGCACUUGGGAAGCUCUGUGGCAGGCUGCUUAGCAACAGAACCCCUGUGCGGCCUGGACAAUACCAGGGUUAAAAAUUCAAAAAGAUUGCUAUUUGAGGUUUCAAGUUGUUUUUCACCAUCUAUAAGCAACAUUACACCAUCCACUGGAACAGUAAAUGAACUAAUAACAAUUAUUGGACAUGGCUUUAGUAAUCUCACAUGUGCUAAUAAGGUUACAAUUGGUAGCUACCCCUGUGUCGUAGAAGAAAGUAGUGAGGAUUCAAUUACAUGUCAUAUUGACCCUCAAAACUCAAUGGAUGUUGGUAUCAGGGAAAUUGUCACUUUGACUGUCUACAACUUGGGCACUGCUAUCAAUACAUUGUCCAAUGAAUUUGAUAGGCGAUUUGUGCUUUUGCCAAACAUUGACCUGGUGUUGCCAAAUGCAGGAUCAACUACAGGAAUGACAAGAGUGACCAUAAAAGGCUCUGGAUUUGCAGUUUCUUCUGCAGGUGUAAAAGUCCUUAUGGGUCAUUUCCCAUGUAAAGUUCUAUCAGUGGAUUAUACAUCCAUUGAAUGUGAAACAUCCCCUGCUGCCCAACAGCUUGUGGAUGUAGAUCUUCUAAUACAUGGAGUGCCUGCCCAGUGCCAGGGAAACUGCACCUUUUCAUAUUUAGAAAGCAUCACUCCUUAUAUAACAGGAGUCUUCCCAAACUCUGUCAUAGGGUCUGUAAAAGUUCUUAUUGAAGGAGAAGGUUUGGGGACUGUUUUGGAGGACAUUGCUGUUUUCAUUGGAAAUCAACAGUUCAGAGCAAUAGAGGUUAAUGAAAACAACAUCACUGCUCUUGUGACUCCUCUCCCAGUUGGACAUCAUUCUCUUAGUGUUGUGGUGGGAAGCAAAGGCUUGGCUCUGGGAAACCUGACUGUCAGCAGCCCCCCAGUAGCAUCUCUAUCACCAACUUCUGGAAGCAUUGGUGGUGGAACUACAUUGGUGAUCACAGGAAAUGGCUUCUAUCCAGGCAACACUACAGUCACUAUUGGGGAUGACCCUUGUCAAAUUAUUUCCAUCAACCCCAAUGAAGUCAACUGCCGCACUCCCGCUGGGACCACUGGAAUGGUCGGUGUUAAAAUCUUUGUUAAUACAAUUGCUUAUCCACCUUUGCUUUUUACAUAUGCCCUGGAGGAUACUCCAUUUCUCAGAGGAAUUAUCCCAAGCAGAGGUCCACCAGGAACUGAAAUUGAGAUCACUGGAUCCAACUUUGGCACUGAGAUCUUGGAAAUCUUGGUGAUGAUAAAUAACAUUCAAUGUAACAUAACCAUGGCCAAUGAUAGUGUGUUGCAAUGCAUCGUGGGAGAUCAUGCUGGGGGCACAUUUCCUGUUAUGAUGCAUCAUAAGACAAAAGGCUCAGCCGUGUCCACAGUUGUAUUUGAGUACCCGCUUAAUAUUCAAAAUAUUAAUCCAAGCCAAGGGAGCUUUGGUGGGGGUCAAACCAUGACUGUGACAGGCACCGGAUUUAAUCCACAAAAUUCAAUUAUAUUAGUUUGUGGCUCAGAAUGUGCAAUUGACAGGCUUAGAUCUGAUUACACAACAUUAUUAUGUGAAAUUCCAUCUAAUAAUGGCACGGGAGCUGAGCAAGCCUGUGAAGUGAGUGUGGUUAAUGGGAAAGAUUUGUCACAGUCAAUGACUCCGUUUACAUACGCAGUGUCACUGACUCCACUCAUCACUGUAGUGUCUCCCAGGAGAGGCAGUACAGCAGGUGGCGCCAGACUGACAGUCAUGGGAUCAGGAUUCAGUGAAAAUGUAGAGGAUGUUCAUAUCACUAUAGCUGAAGCCAAAUGUGAUGUUGAGUAUUCCAACAAGACACACAUCAUCUGCGUGACAGAUGCCCAUACUCCCUCAGGGUGGGCUCCAGUUCAUGUCCACAUCAGAGGUGUCGGCAUGGCCAAACUGGAUAAUGCUGACUUUCUUUAUAUUGAUGCUUGGUCCUCCAAUUUCUCAUGGGGGGGACAAUCUCCCCCAGAAGAAGGGUCUCUUGUUGUUAUUACAAAAGGACAGACCAUUCUGCUGGAUCAAAGCACCCCUAUUUUGAAAAUGUUGCUUAUUCAGGGUGGAACUCUAAUAUUUGAUGAAGCUGACAUUGAACUCCAGGCAGAAAAUAUUCUAAUUACAGAUGGAGGCAUUCUUCAGAUUGGGACAGAGACAUCCCCAUUCCUACACAAGGCUGUCAUUACUUUGCAUGGGCACCUGCGAUCUCCUGAGCUUCCUGUCUAUGGUGCCAAAACAUUGGCUGUGCGGGAGGGAAUCCUGGAUCUGCACGGUGUGCCUGUUCCUGUGAUCUGGACUCGCUUGGCUCAUACUGCAAAGGCAGGGGAAAGAAUUUUAAUUUUACAAGAAGCAGUAACAUGGAAGCCAGGAGAUAACAUUGUAAUUGCAAGCACAGGACACAGACACAGUCAAGGAGAGAAUGAAAAAAGGACCAUUGCGGCUGUAUCUGCUGAUGGCAUAAACAUAACACUAAGUAAUCCACUAAAUUACACACACUUAGGAAUUACGGUCACACUCCCUGAUGGAACUCUGUUUGAAGCAAGAGCAGAAGUUGGAAUUCUUACAAGAAAUAUUUUAAUAAGAGGAUCUGAUAAUGUUGAGUGGAAUAACAAAAUUCCAGCAUGUCCUGAUGGAUUUGACACAGGAGAAUUUGCUACACAGACCUGUCUCCAAGGAAAGUUUGGAGAAGAAAUAGGAAGUGACCAAUUUGGAGGCUGUAUUAUGUUUCAUGCUCCUGUACCUGGUGCUAACAUGGUAACUGGGAGAAUAGAAUAUGUAGAGGUAUUCCAUGCUGGCCAGGCUUUCCGGUUGGGGCGAUAUCCAAUACAUUGGCACCUGCUUGGAGAUUUACAGUUUAAAUCUUACGUAAGAGGCUGUGCAAUUCACCAGGCCUAUAACAGAGCUGUUACUAUCCAUAACACACACCAUCUUCUGGUUGAGAGGAAUAUUAUAUAUGAUAUUAAGGGAGGAGCAUUUUUUAUAGAAGACGGUAUUGAACAUGGCAAUAUCCUCCAGUAUAACUUGGCAGUAUUUGUACAGCAAAGUACCAGUCUACUGAAUGAUGAUGUGACCCCGGCUGCGUUUUGGGUCACCAACCCAAACAAUACCAUACAACACAAUGCUGUUGCUGGCGGCACUCACUUUGGCUUUUGGUACCGGAUGAACAACCACCCUGAUGGGCCAUCCUAUGACAGAAACAUUUGUCAAAAAAGAGUUCCCCUUGGCAAAUUUUUUAACAAUACCGUCCAUUCUCAAGGUUGGUUUGGAAUGUGGAUCUUUGAGGAAUAUUUCCCCAUGCAAACGGGAUCUUGUACGUCUACUGUGCCUGUGCCUGCAAUAUUUAACUCACUUACUACUUGGAAUUGUCAAAAAGGAGCUGAAUGGGUCAAUGGAGGUGCCCUUCAGUUCCAUAACUUUGUGAUGGUGAAUAACUAUGAGGCUGGAAUCGAGACUAAGAGGAUCCUGGCUCCUUAUGUUGGAGGGUGGGGAGAAACCAAUGGAGCAGUGAUUAAAAAUGCCAAAAUAGUUGGCCAUCUUGAUGAACUGGGAAUGGGGUCUGCAUUUUGCACAACAAAAGGCCUGGUUCUCCCAUUUAGUGAAGGCUUGACUGUAUCUUCUGUGUACUUUAUGAACUUUGACCGUCCCAAUUGUGUAGCUUUGGGAGUGACAUCCAUCUCUGGAGUUUGUAAUGACAGAUGUGGGGGUUGGAGUGCAAAGUUUGUUGACAUCCAGUAUUUUCACACACCAAACAAGGCCGGCUUUCGCUGGGAACAUGAAAUGGUAUUGAUUGAUGUUGAUGGCUCACUUACAGGGCACAAAGGACAUACCGUCAUUCCACACAGCUCAUUGCUAGACCCUUCUCAUUGUACUCAGGAAGCUGAGUGGAGCAUUGGGUUCCCUGGAUCAGUCUGUGAUGCUUCAGUCAGCUUUCACCGUUUAGCGUUCAACCAGCCUUCUCCAGUAUCUCUGCUUGAAAAGGAUGUGGUUCUUUCAGACUCUUUCGGCACAAGCAUUAUUCCAUUUCAGAAGAAACGACUGACUCAUAUGUCUGGGUGGAUGGCUCUGAUUCCAAAUGCAAAACACAUUAACUGGUAUUUUAAAGGUGUGGAUCACAUAACCAACAUUUCAUAUACAUCAACAUUCUAUGGAUUUAAGGAAGAAGACUAUGUAAUUAUAUCACAUAACUUCACUCAAAAUCCUGAUAUGUUUAAUAUUAUUGAUAUGAGGAAUGGUUCCUCAAAUCCAUUGAAUUGGAAUACUAGCAAGAAUGGAGACUGGCACCUUGAAGCAAACACUAGUACUCUAUAUUAUUUGGUGUCAGGAAGAAAUGACCUUCAUCAGAGUCAGCCCAUUUCUGGGAACCUGGACCCUGAUGUGAAAGAUGUUGUUAUUAAUUUCCAAGCUUACUGUUGUAUUCUCCAGGAUUGCUUUCCUGUACAUCCCCCAUCAAGAAAACCAAUUCCCAAGAAGCGACCAGCCACAUAUAACUUAUGGUCAAAUGAUUCUUUUUGGCAAUCAUCACGAGAAAAUAAUUAUACUGUACCUCACCCAGGGGCAAAUGUGAUUAUACCUGAAGGAACAUGGAUUGUAGCUGACACAGAUAUGCCAUCAAUGGAAAGACUCAUUAUUUGGGGGGUUCUAGAACUGGAAGAUAAAUAUAAUGUAGGAGCUGCAGAAUCUUCUUACAGAGAAGUUGUUUUGAAUGCUACCUACAUAUCACUGCAGGGAGGUAGAUUAAUUGGUGGCUGGGAAGAUAACCCUUUUAAAGGAGACUUAAAGAUUGUUCUUAGAGGAAAUCAUACUACCCCAGACUGGGCUCUUCCAGAAGGACCAAAUCAAGGGGCAAAGGUCUUAGGGGUGUUUGGUGAGCUAGAUCUUCAUGGAAUUCCACGUUCAAUAUAUAAAACUAAGCUCUCAGAAACUGCAGAUGCAGGUUCCAACAUCCUGUAUCUGAUGGAUGCUGUGGAUUGGCAGGAGGGAGAAGAGAUUGUGAUAACAACCACAAGCUAUGAUUUCCACCAGACAGAAACAAGAAGUAUCGUUAAAAUCCUGCAUGAUCAUAAAAUUCUCAUUCUUAAUGAUAGCCUUUCCUAUACUCACUUGGCUGAAAAAUACCAUGUCCCUGGAACUGGUGAGAGCUACAUGUUAGCAGCUGAUGUUGGGAUACUGAGUAGGAACAUCAAAAUAAUUGGUGAAGAUUACCCAGGUUGGUCCGAGGACUCUUUUGGAGCACGCAUACUGGUUGGCUCAUUCACUGAAAAUAUGAUGACAUUUAAAGGAAAUGCAAGAAUAAGUAAUGUGGAAUUUUAUCACAGUGGUCAAGAAGGCUUCAGGGAUAGCACAGAUCCAAGAUAUGCUGUAACGUUUCUUAACCUACGACAGAUUCAAGAACACGGUUCAUCCUAUAUUCGAGGCUGUGCUUUUCACCAUGGCUUCUCUCCAGCAAUUGGUGUAUUUGGGACAGAUGGAUUGGACAUAGAUGACAACAUAAUUUACUUUACAGUGGGAGAAGGUAUAAGAAUAUGGGGGAAUGCCAACCAAGUCCGAGGGAAUUUGAUUGCACUUUCGGUUUGGCCAGGAACCUAUCAGAACAGAAAAGAUUUAAGUUCAACUCUCUGGCAUGCAGCAAUUGAGGUAAAUAGAGGGACCAAUACAGUUUUACAGAAUAAUGUAGUUGCUGGAUUUGGAAGAGCAGGAUACCGCAUUGAUGGUGAACCUUGCCCAGGCCAGUUUAAUCCCGUGGAAAAGUGGUUUGACAAUGAAGCCCAUGGGGGUUUAUAUGGUAUCUAUAUGAACCAAGAUGGCCUUCCUGGAUGUUCUCUUAUACAAGGAUUUACCAUUUGGACAUGCUGGGAUUAUGGAAUUUAUUUUCAGACCACAGAGAGUGUGCACAUUUAUAAUGUGACCCUGGUUGACAAUGGAAUGGCCAUUUUUCCAAUGAUUUACAUGCCAGCUGCUAUAUCACACAAAAUUUCCAGUAAAAAAGUACAAAUUAAGAGCUCAUUAAUUGUUGGAAGUAGCCCUGGGUUUAAUUGCUCUGAUGUCCUAACUAAUGAUGAUCCCAAUAUUGAACUCACUGCUGCUCAUCGGAGUCCUAGAUCUCCAUCAGGUGGGAGAAGUGGGAUUUGUUGGCCUACCUUUGCUUCAGCUCAUAACAUGGCACCCCGAAAGCCCCAUGCAGGGAUCAUGAGUUACAAUGCCAUCAGUGGCCUUUUGGACAUCUCAGGUUCCACAUUUGUUGGAUUUAAGAAUGUUUGUUCAGGGGAAACUAAUGUUAUAUUCAUUACUAACCCUUUAAAUGAAGAUUUACAGCAUCCAAUCCAUGUGAAGAAUAUAAAACUGGUUGACACUACUGAACAAUCAAAAAUAUAUAUACAUAGGCCUGAUAUAAGUAAAGUCAAUCCAUCUGAUUGUAUAGACAUGGUUUGUGAUGCCAAGAAGAAAUCUUUUCUUAGAGACAUAGAUGGCUCCUUUCUGGGGAGUGCUGGUUCUGUGAUACCUCAAGCAGAAUAUGAAUGGGAUGGAAACAGCCAAGUAGGAAUUGGAGACUACAGAAUUCCUAAGGCGAUGCUCACAUUCUUAAAUGGAAGUAGAAUUCCUGUCACAGAGAAAGCACCUCAUAAAGGAAUUAUUAGAGAUUCAACCUGUAAGUACGUUCCAGAGUGGCAGAGCUAUCAGUGCUUUGGGAUGGAAUAUGCAAUGAUGGUUAUUGAAAGUCUGGAUCCUGACACAGAAACUCGAAGACUUUCCCCAGUGGCUAUAAUGGGCAAUGGUUAUGUUGAUCUCAUUAAUGGCCCACAGGAUCAUGGCUGGUGUGCUGGAUAUACAUGCCAGAGAAGGCUAUCCCUGUUUCACAGCAUUGUGGCUCUGAACACAUCUUAUGAAGUUUACUUCACUGGCACCAGUCCUCAGAAUCUUCGACUGAUGUUGCUUAAUGCUGACCAUAAUAAGGCUGUUCUAGUAGGAAUUUUCUUUUCCACACUUCAACGUUUGGAUGUCUAUGUGAACAACUCAUUGGUCUGUCCAAAAAAUACAAUAUGGAAUGCCCAGCAGAAACACUGUGAACUUAAUAACCAUCUGUACAAAGACCAAUUUCUUCCUAACCUGGAUUCCACUGUCCUUGGUGAAAACUACUUUGAUAGAACCUACCAGCUGCUUUAUCUUUUGGUGAAAGGAACUACACCUGUUGAAAUUCACACUGCCACAGUGAUAUUUGUUUCUUUCCAAUUACCUGCUGCAACAGAAGAUGACUUUUAUACCUCUCACAAUCUGGUUAGAAAUCUUGCCUUGUUCCUAAAGAUACCAAGUGACAAAAUCCGUAUCAGCAAAAUGAUAAGAAGGAAGAGUCUGAGAAGGAAGAGAUCCAUGGGAUUCAUAAUUGAAAUAGAGAUUGGAGACCCUCCUAUUCGGUUCUUAAGCAAUGGCACCACAGGUCAGAUGCAAUUAUCUGAACUCCAGGAAAUUGCUGGUUCUCUUGGACAAGCUGUAAUUUCAGGAAAAAUCAGUAGUAUCCUUGGAUUUAACAUUUCAUCCAUGACUAUUACUAAUCCCCUCCCCAGACCAAGUGACUCUGGCUGGAUUAGGGUAACUGCCCAGCCAGUUGAAAGGUCUGCGUUUCCUGUUCAUCAUGUGGCCUUCGUGUCCUCACUCUUAGUGAUCACUCAGCCGGUGGCAGCACAGCCGGGACAGCCGUUUCCUCAGCAGCCUUCGGUAAAGGCAACAGAUUCUGACGGUAACUGUGUAUCAGUUGGAAUUACUGCACUAACUUUGAGGGCCAUACUCAAGGACUACAAUAAUAACCAAGUCAAUGGCCUUAGUGGAAAUACAACAAUUCCGUUUAGCAGCUGUUGGGCCAACUACACAGACCUUACUCCCCUUAGAACAGGAAAAAAUUAUAAGAUUGAAUUUAUACUGGAUAAUGUUGUUUGGGUAGAAUCCAGAACUUUCAGUCUGCUGGCAGAGUCUGUCUCUAGCAGCAGCAGUGGCAGCAGCAGCAGUAGUAGCAGCAGCAGUGGCAGCAGCAGCAGCAACAGCAAAGCAUCAACUGUGGGUACAUAUGCCCAGAUAAUCACUGUAGUAAUUAGCUGUCUGAUUGGAAGAAUGUGGCUCUUGGAAAUAUUUAUGGCUGCAGUUUCAACUUUGAAGAUAACUUUAAGAAGCUACUAAAGGACUGUUCUGAAGAAUAGGCUGAAAACAAAAAUAUAAGAAUUAUUAGCUAUUUUUGGGGGCAACAGACAAAAGUCUAUAGCAUUUUCAUGAAAAUAUACUAAAAAUAUUUUUAUAAUAUAUACAAUGUACUAAUUAGCUUUAAACACUAAAAUCAGAUUUCUUCAAAAUAUAAAUUUGUUUUGAUUCUUUAUAUUGGUAUGUUCUUAUUUCAUUUCAAUAAACUUCCAGAAAUCUGUUAUUUGGAAGUAGAUAUGACACCUCUAAGUUAUUGUACCAACAAAUCCUAGAAUCCUUUAAAUGAUGGAAAGAGCUUGUCAAGUUCAGAUUUAAGAAGCUCUUUACAUCAGAUUGGAAGCAUUUUAAGUAUUCUUUUUAAUACUUGCGGGGGGAGGGGGGCGGUUCUUAUUUUCUCUAUCCAUUUAUAAGGCUUUGAUUUCCAACAAUCUAAGCCAUUCUAGUUUCUAAUGAUUUUGGAGAGACAAGAUUGUUUUCACACAAUGUGAGAUGACAAUCUCAUCUCAGAUUUUUCACACUGAGUUGCUGUCUUUCAGAUUCACAGUAAUCCCAGGAAUCCUAGACUGUCCUGUAUUUCUGGAUCUGCCAAACACUGGCCAAUAUUCUAAGAAAAGUUUUCUUGUCCUUGGAAUGAUCUUUUGGAAUAAGUCCAAACUUCUUCUCUGCCUACCCCUCCUUCCCACUCAAAACUGCCACUACUAAGAGCAUGACUCCCCUCAACCCCAGGCACCAGUUGAGGGUUGAGGGGUUUCCUUAACUGGUGGAUGCUUAUUCACUGUUUCCUGGAUGAAUGAAGCAUAAAGUGUGGGGAAGUCAACAACAGAACAGAACAGACUUAUUUUCAAGAAGAUAAAUUAGAGAAUGCAAAAAAGCUACAGGCUUAGUUAACCGAACUCUCUAAUACUAUUGAAAAUAGCAAUUCUUUACUCAGAAAAUUCUAAAGGGAAUACUUAGUUUGACAGAACUCCUAAUAAAGACAUUGAAGCCAUAUCCAGAGCCUUCCAGCAAGUGACACUCAGCAAACAUUUGGGACAGCUGAGAGAAUUCAACAAAGCCCAUACCUUUAUCUCUUGUAUACCAUUUCCUAGUACAUUCACUUCAGAUCAUUGUUAAUCUUACUUAGCAGAAAACAUAUAAACACUUACUAGGUGGUAAAAUCAAAUAUCUCAGUGUAAAUGUGGCAUUUCAUUCAUUUGAGCAGUAUCUAUUCGGUGUUCCAGUAAGUAGGAAGGCUACAAGAAAUAACAUGCUAUGCCUUCCCUCGAAGAGUUUUCAGGAUAUUUGGGGAAAGAAUGGAAACAGACCAUUUCAAUACAACAUGGAUCACUGUCUCAGGGAGAGACAGACAGAGAGACAGAGACAGAGAGAGGGGGAGAGAGACAGAGAAAGCAUGAGGUUGCUAGCAAUAUGGAGGCCUUAAGCCUUGUUCAGGAGAGCAACCUAGAAGGGCAGUCGAAGAAAAUUGGGAGAGGACCACUGAAGGCCUAGGGGCUACGGAAAAAGUUCACACGAACCGCUGGAAAGGAAAUAGUCACAACUUUAAAGGAAUUGCAGGUAAGUGAUCCCUGACAAGGUAGUCCUCAAAGUAAUACAUGAAAGCCCCUUCAUGAGGAACAUUUGCCAUGUCCAGAGAGCAUUGAUACUUGAUUGUACAGCACCAGGUAACACAGCACUUUUAUACUCCUCUCAGUUCCAACCCUGGUGGAGUGAAAAACCUCUGUUCCUGGGAUAGGCAGGGGGAAAGAGACCCAACAUGGGCCAUUUCAUGCUAAGACUUAAAAAUCAGUCUUCCUAAAGCAAAUCCAGUUUACUGUUCAUUCUAUGAUACUUCCUUUCUGUUAGAAAACUAAAUUCCAAAAACUGCAAUUCCAGCAUCUAUGGAACAAAUUCCUACAUUUGGGUUCUGGAAGAGAUACAAAAAUAUUCUUCACACCAGAACAUUGUAAAAGCCAUAAAAUUGUCCACCAUCUGUAUUCUUUUCUUACCUAAAGGUUUAAUUCAGCCCAUUGGAGUUUUUUUGUCAAGAUAUUUUCUGUCAGUUUUUAAUAAGGAAAUUUUCUAAUACAAGUUAUAUGGCAGUAAAAGGAAUUUCUAAAAAUUGUUUCUUAGCCACAGACUUUGUUAAAAAGUUCCUGAUUUAACUGCUUUAGGUUUCUGGCUGUCUGCUUUUUAAGAACUUUCUAGAAUAAUCAUAAUACAUAAUUGCUUAUUCCAGAUAAAUUACAAUUUAAUUACUGCUUUUAAAAAUGUUUGAAUUAUUGGAAUCCAUGGGCAAUAUGGCUUCCCAUAUCCCUUAUUCAUAUGCUAAGCAACUUUUAUUUUUGCUUUUAAAUUUUUUUGCAUUUAAAUAAUAUUUCUCUGAACAUUCCUGUCUUAGAAAUUAAUGUUUAAAUUCUUAAAAUAUUUUUUAUUGUAAGAAGUGGCUAUCUAGCUCUUGAACAAGUAAUAAAAAUCCUUUGGUGUGUGAAUGCUCUUCUAUCUAAGACCUGAAAUGUUGGUGAAGUAAAUAUGUUGUUCCAAUUUUGGUCAAAGUAAGAAACAGAGAAUAAGAAGUUAAUAAGAAUA